AUGUCAAAAUCAAUUCAUUUAUUCUUUGCUUUGAUUGGAUUAUGUGAAUAUUUCAUUUCUGCGACAGACGUAUCAGUAGAAGCAGCUCUUCCUGGAAAAGUGAACGCAUACAUGUGUGAUACGACAUUCUUCUCGAUGAAAUAUCUAACACAAGAAGCUGAGAAUGCAUAUCGAAAAUUUACUCAUCCGUCUUAUAAUACCCGUUUUCCCGCAUUAUUUGAUGACACACUGCUUUUCAAAUUAGAUACACAAAUUCUUCUAUCGUGGCCCAUAAAGGCUUCGAGGAUACCUCACAAAGCUAGCUCACCGGAUAUUUAUCGUCUUAUCAUCAAUACUGACAAGGAUGUAAUCGGUGUCGUGUCUAUAAUUUAUCAGAGUGAUGCGCAGAAAGGUUUAAAGAAAGGUUUAAAAUAUCACAAAUGCAAGCCAGUGUACCUCUCCAGCAGGCCCACUAAUGAACAGAGUAACUUUGAGAUCCUAAACUCUCUUCAAAGCUUUGAAUUCAUCGGAUACUUAUGUGACUCUACACUCAUAAGAAAAGAAGCUUUUGUAUACACACGAGAAAUAAUUGAAAAAUAUGACCCGGUAUCUAGCAUUGGCAGUAGAAAAUUUAUCAGUAAAUUUUCAAGAUAUACUGGUAAACUUAGUACUAGAGCUGAUCUCUAUCAGUAUCCUUUGCGUAAUUUGAGUACCAAAGGCCAACCAACAGGUCAGGUUAGCGGACAUCGAAUCAUUUACCAUCAUGACCAGAAGAAGAAAAUUGUGUACGAUGGAGUCAUCAGUAAGGGUCCAAAGGAAGAUUUUUGUGCCGAAGUAUGGUACAUAAUACCACUCCAAGAUCGCACAUGUGAAAACUCAUUAAUAAAAUCCCAAGACGAUGAUCUUUCGGGCAUCGAUAUAAUGGUCCCCUGCGGUACCCAAGAAUUGAGUAUGACAACUAUUCAGCUCUUCCAAUUUUUUGGUCAAUCUCAGGUGCGACAAGUUCAAAGUUAUAAUCCAAGGAAUUACCCAACAUUACAGGAAGAUAUAUGGCUUUGGCCCAUAAGUUUGCCAGAGACGUCUUUAGCAAAUUCACAUUUCGCAUUCGCAACAGCUUACGACUCGAGUUCAAAUUUUAUUGGAAUUUAUCACGCACCUCGAAUCCAUGGACUAGUCUUAACCUACAAACCAUGUUUUUGA